AUGUCUCUGCAAAUUGUCUUUGAAUACCCGUUAACCUCUCGUGUUACUUUACUCUUCCUUCCUUCCUUCUUCUUCUUCUUCUUCUUCUUCUUCUUUUCCUCCUCCUCCCCCCUCUUAUCUAUCCCUACUUUCGUUUCCGUCUUUUCAUUUUUCUCUCUAUGGCUUUCUCCACUCCCUAUUUCUCUUUCGCCUCCAUCUCUUUCCCAUCUUUCUCUGUGCCUUUAUAUCAUCACCAUCCCAUUCCCCACUGUAUAUGUGUUUUAUUUCAUCUCCAUCAAUUUCUUCUUUCUGUGUGUCUCACUCCCUCUUUCUCCGUCUCUCUCUUUCUCUACCUAUCUGUCUUUCUCUUUCUUUUCACCUCCACCCCUUUCCUUGUUAUAUGUUUUCUCUGUCCCUAUCGCUUUCACUUUUCUCAUUAUACCUUUCAAUCAUGGCUCUCCCCGACUUCCCCCUAACUCUCUCUCUCUCUAUCUAUCUAUCUAUCUAUCUAUCUCUCACUGUUCUUUCUCCACUAUCCUUUCUCUAUUUACGUCUUUCUUUCGUCGCCAUUCCUUUCCCCUUUCUCUUUAUAUCUUUAUUUCGUCUAUACUUCUCUACUCUCUUAUCAGUAUAUUCAUUUCGUCUCGAUCCCCUCUCAUCUUUGUCUCUCGCUACCUCUCUUUUUCCCUCCAUGCUUCUCUCUCUCUCUCUCUCUCUCUCUCCACCUCUCUCUGUCUUUCUUUCAACCCCAAACCUUUUUUCUUGUUUUUUCAUAUAAUUAUUUCCUCUUUAAAACUCCCAUUUCUGUCUUUGCAUCUUUAUUUCGUCUCCCACCUCACAAUUCUCUCUCUCUCUCUCUCUCUCUCUGUCUUUUUUACGUCUCCAUUAUUUCCCAUCUCUCUCUCCCUCUCUAUGUCUUGUUUUUGUCUCCAUUCUUUCCCUCUCUGUCUUUCUUACAGCUCUCUCUCUCUCUCUCUCUCCCUCUCUAUGUCUUGCUUUUGUCUCCAUUCUUUCCCUUUCUCCCUCUCUGUCUUUCUUACAGCUCCAUCCUUUUCCUAUUUCUCUCUCUUUAUGUCUUUCUUUCGUCUCUAUUCCUUUUUCCUCGUCUCUCUAUAG